ACUCCUAUAGGACAAUCUUGUGGGCGGAAGUGCUCAGGCAGGUACGUUAGUUCCUGGAUGUGAUGCGGAUCAACGUUCGGUCUCAGAGAACCGGUUCAGAACCAGCAAGAGAAGCGCUCUGACAUGCCGGGAGGGGCGUCCCUCAGCCCGGCCCGACCUCCACAGCGAUCAGACCGCAUCCAGAGCUCUCGAGGCGCCGAGAGGGUCAUGUCUACAUACGGAUUCAGUGGGAGUGGGAGGCUGCGGAGCAGCUGGCUCACACCGUGGCUCAAAGCCACCUUCUCGGUUCUGGGCUCGGCUGUUGCGAUGUUUGCUGUGGGUGCCUUCUGCGCCCUCACCUAUCCCAUCCUGAGAGAGCUGCGGGCGGAGAGGCUGAGAGGCGAGAAUGGGACUGAAGAGAGGAUGCUGGGUUUCUGGAGCAUCCUGAUGAUCUCGGCUGUUGCCGGAUGCAUCUCCUGCAUCUUCUCAUGGACUCUCACUCAGCUGGAGUCGUACCAGCCUGGCAUGGCCUUCCCCAGCCUCCUGUCUCUGCUUGAUUUCAGAGACCCUUCCAGCCACAGAUUCAACAUGAACUCUGGGCUAGCUGUUCUGAAUGGCAUCCUGGCUAUGCUGACUGUCAUCUGGAGCCUCUCCUGAGGCUUCGUUCUCAGCUGCACAGAGACCUGAAGACAAUACACUCUGUAUGAGACUUUUGUAAUGUCAAUUUGCCCGUUUGGGCAAACUGAUAUUGGACUUUGGAUUCAUAUUUCUGUAUGACAAGAUAAGGGAUCUAGCAUUGGAGCCUUAGGAACAUGGGCGAACCUGGAGAUUCUGCAGUUGUAAUUUGGAAUAUUGUACUUUUUUUUUUUACCAUUUAUUGCUGUAUUCACAUUCAGUUCUCUCUAUUUUUAUUAGUAUAAAGAAAACAUUCAAGUUAUUUUAUUUGUCUUUUGUUUCUCUUGGUUCUUUUUUACUGGGGUGAACCGUUGCUUCGUUUUCUCACCGAUCACCAAUCCUUAUAAAGGUUGACCUACAGUUUCCGAUUUUUUGGCCAAUACCAAUUUUGUUUUUCUGACAGUCAUUACAUUAUCAAGAACAGGGUAGCUGACACACCACUGGUGGGCUAGCCUGUCAGUCAGUCCUCUCAUGACAGAACAAAAGAGGAUUAGCCAAUCGCCGAUGACCCAGAAUUAACGAAAUCAGUGUGCGCUCCUUCUAGUUUUUACUGUGUAAUCUUGUACAGUUUUGAAUAUCAGAAUUAGGGCAGUUUUGAGGUUCAGAGGGUCAAAUAUUUCUUUUCCUGCUCUUUUCUUUCAAUAAACGCAUCAUUCAACA